GGCGAGGGAAGAGCGUCGUUUGCCUCGAUCCGAUGGGACCCGAAUACCUGGGAAGAGCAGGAAGAAAGCCUCGCGAGUCAGCUGCCCUGAUCAAAGAUGGCCUCCACGGCACUCUUUCUUUCCUUUCCCCCUACCCUGCGCGCUCCUCCCCGGCCCCGCCCCGUCACUCUGGCCCCGCCUCUCACUCUCAAGGCCCUCCAGCUACCCGUCGCUGGCCCGGGCGCGCUCAGUGGCGCGUUCUCUCCGCCCGAGCCAGGUAGGGAUCAGCUCUUUGGACAUGGCGACCGCGACCACGUCCGGGUCUUCGGCGACUGGGACGAAGGGGAAUGGCAGCGGCGGCCGGGCUGGGCCCAGUGAAGCCGGCGGGCCGCGAAAGAAGAAGGGGCCGGGGCCCCUGGCCACCGCGUACUUGGUCAUCUACAAUGUAGUGAUGACUGCCGGGUGGCUCGUUAUUGCAGUUGGUCUGGUCAGAGCAUAUUUGGCUAAAGGUAGCUAUCAUAGCCUUUAUUAUUCAAUUGAAAAGCCUUUGAAAUUCUUCCAGACUGGAGCCCUCUUAGAGAUUUUACACUGUGCUAUAGGAAUUGUUCCUUCCUCUGUAGUCCUGACUUCUUUCCAGGUGAUGUCAAGAGUUUUUCUAAUAUGGGCAGUAACACACAGUGUCAAAGAGGUACAGAGUGAAGACAGUGUCCUUCUAUUUGUGAUUGCCUGGACAAUCACUGAGAUUAUUCGUUACUCCUUUUAUACAUUUAGUCUACUAAACCAUCUGCCUUAUAUCAUCAAAUGGGCCAGGUACACACUUUUCAUCGUACUGUACCCAAUGGGAGUGUCGGGAGAGUUGCUCACCAUAUAUGCUGCUUUGCCCUUCGUCAGACAAGCCAGCUUAUAUUCCAUUAGCUUACCUAACAAAUACAAUUUCUCCUUUGAUUACUAUGCAUUCCUCAUUCUGAUCAUGAUCUCUUAUAUUCCACUUUUUCCUCAGCUGUACUUGCACAUGAUACACCAGAGAAGAAAGGUCCUUUCUCAUCCUGAAGAACACAAGAAAUAUGAAUGAUUCCUGCUCUUCCCCCAAAACUCUCUACAGAUCAAAAAUGCUGCAGACUUUUUGAGUUCCCAACAUGUUUCAUAGAGAAGACCAAGCAAGGACUAUUUUUAAAUACUUAAAAAAAAAAAAGUGGCCAACGGACCUGGGAUUUACAAAGCGUUAUCACACGAACACACUGGAAUAAUCUUGUCGGCAUGCUUUUUCAACCAGAAAUUUCAAAAAUGUAAGGAGGGGGAGGGAAUGACUUGCUAUGUAGCUUCCCUUCCCUUCAUGUAUCUGCUAAAUAUCCUUCCUACUCCAUGCUUGAGAGUUAUAGUCCAAGUGAUAAAAGUUGUACCAACUGAAUGCCCAGCUUGAAUUCUAAUUCUGUUUCGUUUCUGCAGUGUAUUUAACCUUGCCUUUUCAAAGUGCUUGACUGCAUGCUGGAAACUGUAUGUAUUGCUGGAAUGACAAACUUUAUUCUUGGGAAUGCUCUGAGGUUCUGGCUGGGACCAUAGUAACGUCACCCCAACAUCCAGUAAGUGAAUUGCAGUAAACAAACGUGUGGAACAAAGGGGUAAUGUGAAGACAGCAAAUUCAGAUACUAGUCCAGCUUCCAGUUCUAUCACCCACUGUAAUGGCCUCUUUGAGGGGGGACCUCCAUUUAAGCAGUCACUGCUGUCUCCCAGGGAGGGACAGUUGCUUAAAUUUCUCUAGGUCCUUAGAGGCCCAGCCUCCAUCAAUAUUUCAAUCAAGUGCUAGUUCUCAGGCAGGAACAAACUCUUAAGGCAGUUAACAAUUAAGUUGCACAAUAGAACUACUAAGAAACCCCAUAGUAUGAGCCUUUCCCAACAUUAACCCAGUUCAGUCUUUUAGCUAGCUAGGGGUGGAAAAGACGUUACAGAGAGAGAAAGAAAAGGUCAGGAGCAGGGGGGUCUCCGUAGAAGUAUGGUUCCAGAAAAAACGAUCUGGGAUAGCUUUUCUAACAUCUAUGAGUUUUUGAUUAUCCGGCUUUUCUCUAUCCAUGCUUUUCCUUGGGGAUGAUUCUUCUUUCAACAACGAUUAUGUUAUGAGUACAGAAGCAGUAAAAAAAAAUUAAAGUUGGGAAGUAAUGAACCCAAGCAUUGUUGAGCUUCUUUGUUUCACUUGCAAACUUCAUUCUGUUUAAUUACUCACCUGCUAAUUUAGUGACACUGUCAAACCUUUCAAAAAGAAGUUGGAUUAAAAUUGAAAAGUUAAUCUUAGGUACUCAUCAGAAUCUAAAUAAAGUUUGGUCUCUGGAGCCUUUA